ACAUCAGAAACCGACUGCAUGCGUGAAUUUCGCGUUUGUCUUGUCCGCUUCUCAAUGAAGGCCUAACCGAAAUCACAUUGUCAUAUACAGCAUUGUCAUAUGCAUUGAUGGAAGAGAUAUGACGCCAUUUAUGAACCCCAUUCUGAUCUGUGUACUCACUGUUAUACAUUCUGUUUGUCUCACCAAGAACCAUGAUAUUUUCUUUUCCUGUGACUUCGGUACUCGUACGGAUGGGACCUUCUGUGGCAUGAAGCAGAGUGCAGAUGAUGACUUUGACUGGAAACUGACUUCAACCUCUGGCAAAUCAAACACAGGUCCUAUGGAUGAUCAUACAGGAAAUCUUGGUGGGGAAGGGAGGUUCUUGUGGUCAGACUCAAAUGAUGGGAGUAUUGGUCAGAAGGCUACUAUAGCAACCCCUCCAUUUAAUCUGACAGGUGCUCAAGCAUUGUUAACUUUCUGGUAUCACUUAUAUGGUAAUGGAAGACUCAAAAUUGCUGUGUGUCAAGGAGGGAAGGUAGUCUUCAUUCUGGAUGGAGAUCAGGGAAACCAAUGGCAUGAACAAAACAUGACAGUGUCUUGUGGAGACCUACCACUUCAGAUUGCUUUCACCGCAACAAGAGUAUCAGAUGAGGCCGAUGUGGGAAUUGAUGAUAUCAACAUAUUUGAUAUUCCUAUGGCGACAUCCCCAGAGUCAGUGACUACUUCUUCAUCACUUAUAUCUUCAACAUCUUCGGCUUCAUCUCCACAUGCUGCUACGUCACUUUCCAAUAUUCCAACAUCGCACAUUGCUACGUCAACAGAGACAACUUUUCAAAGUCCAUCAUCAUCACCAUCGACGUGUUCCGAAUCAUAUAGAGAAGUGAGCCAACUUUGUCCACAAUCACAGAUGCUACCAGUAUCCACCCCUCUUUCACCUCUGCCAGCUCUCAUGCCCUUCACAGUACCUGUAUUGAGGUCACUCCUGAAAAACGAAGUGAGCCAACUUUGUCCACAAUCACAGAUGCUACCAGCAUCCACCCCUCUUUCACCUCUGCCAGGUCUCAUGCCUUUCACAGUGCCUGUAUUGAGGUCACUCCUGGAAAACGAAGUGACUUGGUACAGCCAACACUGUCUACAACCACAGAUGCUAACAUCAUCCACCCCUCUAUCACCUCUGCCAGCUCUAAUGCCCUUCGCAGUACCUCUAUUGAGGUCACUCCUGAAAAACGAAGUGACUUGGUUCAGCCAACACUGUCCACAACCACAGAUGCUAACAUCAUCCACCCCUCUAUCACCUCUGCCAGCACUAAUGCCCUUCGCAGUACCUCUGUUGAUGUCACUCCUGUAAAACGGAAUUCACAAACAAAGAGAAGGGUGUCAACUCCUGCAGCAACAACUUCAUCACCCAGCCUUGAAGAAACCCUGAAAUUACAUGCUGAAGAGGAACAUUGUCUGAAAAUAGAGGAACAUCGUCAGAGAAUGAAGUUCCUUGAAGAUGAACAGAGGAUCAAACUUGGUUACCUCGAGGAACAGCAAAAGGUCAAGAUGGAGAUACUACAAAUGAAGAAUAAAGUGCAGCAAAGGAAACUAGAUCUCAUGCAAAACCAGCAAGAUUCUAAUUAAAUAUUUGUCAUGGGAAAGCGUUUCUUGUUCAUCUGCAUUUACCAUGUUUUCUCAUUUUGUUGUUAAUAUUGCUACCUUGAAACAAAUUCUUCAUCGACCCCAAAACACACUCAAUGAUAUUACAAUCUGAGUAAACUCUGUUGUACCUAAUCUACCCUAUACCCACUGGAUUUUGAAUUGGUGUCAUAAGGUAUGGUUGAAAAGGAUAUACAGUAUGUUAACGGAUGUUCCGCAAAAUUGACAAGUUCCAUAGCACAUCCACUGCUACUAUUGUUAUGAGAGUAAUGUUAAGCAUUAUGCAGAGCACAUUCAGACAAGUAUUCCUCAUUCAAUUGAACAUCAUUAGAUAAAGCGGACAAAGUGUGAUUAUACAAAAUUAUCUUGAAUGAUCCGUUGUCUUCUCAGGUGACCAGCCACAUUAUUCAUGCCUGGAGGAGGAAGUUGAUCACCUGGAACUUGGAUUCCAUCUGGACCUGCAAUCUCUGGUUCGUUCCGCAAAAUUGACAAGUUCCAUAAAACACCUACUGCUACAAUUGUCAUAAGGGUUGUAUUGAGCUUCAAGCGAAGCUCGUUCAUGCAGGGAAACCUUCUCUUCAUCAUUCCAAAUGUUCGUUCAAUUAUGUUGCGACCUCUGACUUGAGCUCUAUUAUAUCUGAUUUCUCCCCUUCCCACUGGAUUUUGAAUUGGCGUCAUAAGAUACGGCUGACAAGGAUAUCUGAAACAAAAUCAAGAGAUUUCAAAAUCUUUAUAGAAAUAUGGAACUAUGCAUUUCAUACCUAAAUGUUAACUUGUAAAUUGCCAUAAAAUAAAACUUUUUAGUUUAAUACAUGAUAUCACAGCCAGAAAUGAGAUAAAGGUAAAACUAGAAAUGAACACCCUUAAAAAAAAUUGACAAGUUCCAUAAAACACCUACUGCUACAAUUGGUGAGGAAUUAUUAGGUGCAAUUCCAAAGCUUUAUCAAUAAUAUGCUUCUCGAGGUCCCUGAGCCAAACCAUAGCCAUUAUGUGGAAACUGGAACGAAAUAAAUUGUUGUUGUACGAUAACACGUUAAUAAAGAAUGUGUAUUAAUAUUAUGCAAACAAUUCAAUACUUACCCACUGUCGCCAAGAAGCCAUUUUUCUUCAUGACUUUCUCGUUCAAGAUUUUCUUUCAGUUGGCAUUCUCUAAAUAUUCUGGAAUCAUGAGUUCCUCCUGGCCACCUAGCAACAAGGUUGAUUAGCAGUCCAUUGUGAUUGCAUACUGCCUAAAAUAUCACAGAAAAUAAAAUGAAUGAAAAUAUAAUAAACAGGAAAUAUUAACAAGCAAACACCUGGAAAUCAAAGAAAUGACACCCAAGUACUUAAAGGGAUGGUCGAGGCUGGAGAUAUUUAUAUCUCAAUAAAUACAUGUAGGGUAAAAAUCACAAAGCAAUAUGCUGAAAAUUUCAUCAAAAUCGGAUAACAAAUAACAAAGUUAUUGAAUUUUUAAGAUUUUCAUUAUUUUGGUGAAACAGUUCUAUGCAUGUCUUAUGAAUAUUCAUUAGGUGGGCUGAUGAUGUCAUAUCGCCACUUGUUCUUUUGUAUUUUAUUAUAUAAAAUUAGGUUCAAACAUUUUCUACCAAGAACUAAAACAAUUGGAUUGACAACUGAAUAAGUGCAUUAGUUAUUUAUUGCCGCAACUUAUUUCAUCAUAAUGGAGACACAUCAUGUAUGAAACAAUGAAACAUUUAUGAUUUCAUGUAAUAAAAUAAGAAAAAGGAAAGUGGGGAUGUGACAUCAUAAGCCCACCCAAUGAAUAUUCACAACGAUGUGCGAAUAAUUGUUUUCAAAAAAUAUUGUUAACUUUUAAUUCAUUAAAUUUGUUAUUUGUUAUCUGAUUUUGAUGAAAUUUUCAGCACUUUGCUCUGUGUAUUUUAUUUUACUCUAUUUAUUUAGAUAUUAAUAUUUUCAGCCUGGACCAUCCCUUUAAACCAAUGAACAGAUGUAAAGUCCUAAACAUGUGUUCUUUUUCAAAGAGUUGAAUAUGAUUUUUUUUUUACUUCAUUUGGAAUGGGGGUAGAGACAGAGUUCAGAGAAAGAUUAUGUGUAAUGAUUAUACUGAAUCUGGAUUGAACAUGAAUGAUCCUGUAGCAUUUGCAAAUGCACAGAGAUGGUGUGGGUGAAAAAUAUUUUAGAUGUAAACUAUGUUGCCCCUUAGAAACAUAUUGAACUUUAUAUUAUAGUAAAACUUAAUGCUGAUGUUUUUUGUAGAAUUCUUAUGCUCCAGAAUCUAUUCUUAACUCACUGGGUAAUAUACAACUAGCCGAAUCUCUUCGUGUUUGGUAUUUAUAAAGAGAAGAAGCUACAGUAGAGUUUUAUGGCCAUAAGUUUUUUUUUAUUUAAGUGCUUGUCAAUGUCUAUGGUUUAAUAGGUCAAUUUGUUCAAAAUCUAAAUCAUACUUCUUUUUAAAAAUCUUGGUUUGAUAAAAACAUUAUUACUUUAUCAGAUUUUAUUUGAUUUUGUUGUAAAUCUGCGCUUGUUCAUUUUGUGUAUGUUGUAUUUUUUUAAAGCUUUUGCAAAUCAGACAAAUUGUUUGUAAAUUUUGUGAUUUGAUCAUGAUUUCCUAAUAAAACAUAUAAUUAUAUU